AUAGGUUGGGAACAACCAAGCUAGGUUGGGAAGGGUGGCCAACUUGGAUGGAUUGGUUGGGAAGGGACAAAGGUCAAAUUUGGGGUUCCUAUAGGGAGGGAAUCUUUGUGCUUAUGGGGUUUCCUUGGUUGGGGACUCUCUUGGGACCUUCCCUCUCGUCCCUCUCUUCUAUCCCAACCUUUCUCUUGCUCCUCUAAUUCCUUGAGAAGAUGAAUGAGAGAGGAGGAGAUGCUAAUGGAAGAGGAGCUGUACCUGAGAAGACAAGUGAGCCGCCACCAUCAAAGGUUGAAGCUUUGGAUGGCUCCAACUAUGAGGAAUGGAGCGGGCGCAUGAGGAGUGCCUUCAAACGCUACAAGCUACUGAAGAUUGCUGUUGGGGAGGAGAAGAUGCCGGAAGAAGGCGAAGAACGCGAACGGUGGAUUGAGAAAAGCACGGUGCUUUUCGACCUCAUCCUUCAAUCGGUCAACAAGGAGAUGUUCGAGCACAUCAAGGAUCUUGUGGAAGCGGAUGAUUCGGGUCCAAGGGCGUGGAAACUACUACGCGAUGUGAUUCAGCCCAACACUCUUCCGAUGGUGAUCGUGCUCGAGAAGGAACUUGCUGCAAUCUCCAUGCGACCAGGGGAUGAUGUGAAACCGGUCCUUGACAAGAUCAAGGACACCUAUGCAAGGAUGGCAGCAGCGGGCAGCAGCGUUUCUCAGCUGCAGCAGUGCACCAAGAUCAUCUCGGUGUUGGAUAACUCGUGGGACAACCUCAUCCCCACCCUCAACUCUCAGCAAGAUCAAUGGACACCUGAGUGGCUAAGGCAGCAGAUUCUGCAGGAGGACUUCCGCAGACGCCAUGUGGGAGGCGGUGCUGCCACUAAGACUGCUGAGGGGUAUGGAGCUGCAGGGCGCGGCAGAGGAAGAGGGGGUUGGAGAGGCCGAGGCCGUGGGAGGAGCUUUGGCAGAGGUAGAGGCCGAGGUGACUAUAAUGAGGGGCAUGGGAGCUCUGGUGGCAGGGGGAGUACCAGAAUGGAGGGCACCUGCUGGUACUGCAAGAAGGUCGGGCAUCCUUGGUUCAAGUGCUUCAGCAGGCCGGAGGGAUGGGCACCUCCAGGCAUGAAGCCGCCCAGUGGUGAACGCGCACAAGGUGGCGCUGUGCAAGGCUCAGAUUUGCUUGAUGAGGUAAAACCCCCUGGGAAGAUUAAGUAUGUGGCAGCAGCGUCAGGUGCUUUGCUCCCCGUGAUUGGUGUUGGGAAUGCCAAGGUUAAGGGAGCCAAUGGGGAACUUGUGGGGCUUGGGAAUGUUCUGCUGGUUGAAGGUCUGUCUGCUAACCUUCUCUCUGUGCGGCGACUGCAGAAGAGCAAGGCCGAAGUGACCUUUGGACCAACCAGCUGCCGUGCUAAGCUUGGGAAGAAGGCUUCAUCAAGGAGUGGUGAGGCCGAUUGGGAGACAUGGCAUGAGAGGCUGUGUCAUGUAAACUUCCCUAUGCUGCAGAAGUUGGUGAAGGAUGGGAGCCUGAAAGGCUUGGAGGUGAAAGGGGGAGUGAAGGAGAUUGGGAGCUGCCCUACAUGCUUGGAGACCAAGUUCUCCAACGCAGAGCAGAUGCUGGAGAUGCAGUUCAAGUGCUCCAAGAUGGGUGAGGUGAAGUACUACUUGGGGAUGCAUGUGGAGAGGGAUGUGGAGAAGGGUGUGCUGAGGUUGCACCAGAGGAAGUACUGUGAGGGGCUGGCUGAGAAGUAUGGGUUGCAAGAUGGGGGAAAGCCAGCAACACCACUACCUUCGGGGUUUACUGUGGAGCCAUUGAAAGCGGAUGGCACCAGCAUUGGGGGUUAUGUGUGCUUGCUAGGAGGUGGUGCUGUGAGCUGGCGCAGCAAGAAGCAAAAUGAGGUGGGAUUGUCCUCAUGUGAGACUGAGUACAUGGCCUUACACCAUGGGGUCAAGGAAGUGGUGUGGCUGAGGCGUUUGUUGGAGGAGUUGGGAGUUGGUCAGAAGGAGCCGACGGUGAUCUUCUGUGACAAUGAGUCUGCUGUGAAGCUCGCCAAGAAUGCUUGUCUGCAUGGGCUUACAAAACACAUAAGGCCUAAGUGGCACUGGGUGAGGAGACUCCUUGAUAAGGAGGUGCGGCUGGAGAUAGUGAAGACCCAUCAGCAGGCAGCAGAUAUUUUCACUAAGCGUCUGGCGGAGGCGGAUCAUUGGAAGGGCAUGAAGCUUGCUGGGAUGAGUGUGCAUUGAGUAUGCAUGCUUGAGAUGUGGUAUGGUGGAUGAUGGUUGGCAGCCAGAGGGGGAGAUUGUUGUGUGAUGUCAUCAUAUGCUAUCACAUUCUGUCUGCCUCCCAUCCCAUGUUUUCAACUUGCAUGUGUGGUUUGAAUGUGCAAGCAUUUGUGUGUGGUGUGUUCUGGAGUUUGGGAAUGUGUUCUGUGUUAUUUUUGUUUGAGCAGGUAUUUGUGAUAAUAGAUCUUGAGAAGAUCUUUCCGACGCAACGAGAAUCCCUUCAAUCGGAGCAAGAACGCGAAAGCUAUGAAGAUUCAAAGAUCAUGAGCUUGCGUUACAAUUGCGGCGGUUACAAAGUGAAGUUGUGGGGUGACUUUAUAUGGAGUUGGGACCUUUGGGUUUGGGGAAACUUGUCACUCUACUGUAACAGCUGCAAAUAGGUUGGGAACAACCAAGCUAGGUUGGCAAGGGUGGCCAACUUGGAUGGAUUGGUUGGGAAGGGACAAAGGUCAAAUUUGGGGUUCCUAUAUGGAGGGAAUCUUUGUGCUUAUGGGGUUUCCUUGGUUGGGGACUCUCUUGGGACCUUCCCUCUCGUCCCUCUCUUCUAUCCCAACCUUUCUCUUGCUCCUCUAAUUCCUUGUGAGA